CCUUCGAAAAAGUCUCAGUACCGUUGAUGAUGAUAGUCAGAAUUCAUUCAAGAGUUUAGAACAAGAGAGAGUGCAACGAUUGAUUGUAGAUUCUCUAUUAUUUUUAUUUUUAUUUUUUCUUACAAGAAAAUUAACAUUAAAUGUUUCGCGUUUUUAGUCUUUAAACAAAAAAGGCAACAAAAAAUUAUAUAUAUAUUUUUUUUUCCCAUAAUAAAAGUGACAGUGAAAGGUGUUUUAAUGAAGAAAAUACGAAUUUUGGACAAAAUGCAGGCGCAGGAGGCAUCGUUGACACAUGUCUCUGUUAGCACGCAAAAAAUGCAACCCUCAUCAAGUCGCAUUUUGUAUGACAUUCCAUGUAAGGUGUGCCGUGAUCAUUCAUCAGGGAAGCAUUAUGGAAUAUUUGCCUGCGAUGGUUGCGCUGGAUUUUUCAAGAGAUCAAUCCGUCGCUCACGUCAAUAUCAUUGUAAAGCAAAAGCCGAAGGUGGUUGCACUGUUGAUAAAACACAUCGGAAUCAAUGUCGCGCUUGUCGUUUAUCAAAAUGCAUACAAGCUGGAAUGAACAAAGAUGCCGUUCAACACGAGAGAGGUCCACGAAAUUCGACACUUCGAAGGCAAAUGGCGAUGUAUUUAAAGGAACCGGAAGUGAUAAAUACUUUGGUACCACCAACACCAGCAGCAGCUGCGGCCGCUGCAGCAGCAUUGGAUCUCGCACUUCCUAAAUCUCCACUCGAUCACAGGAUUCAACCUCCAAUUGCUCCUCCUGGUGCCGCACCACAUCAUCAUCACCAUCACCAUCAUCAUCAUCGUCAUCCUCAUUCAAUGCCACAUCCAAUUUAUGCCCACGCCAGCAUCAACAUGUGUAAAAUACCAAUGACACCACCAGGAAUACCAAUAAUGCCGGCAAUAACACCCGAACCAGUUUGCGAACAAGCGGCACAAAUACUCUUUAUUAAUGUUCGUUGGGCACGUGAUUUAACAUCAGGUUCGGGUUUAUCAAUAGACGAUCAACUAACACUACUCGAAGCAUCGUGGCGUGAAUUAUUUUUAUUAACAGCCGCACAAAUAUUACCAAAUUUAGAUCCAACACCACUACUUCCACCAAGAUCACAAAGUCUAUCGUUAGCAUUUCAAGUAAAUCGAUUUCGUGAGACACUAUUAAGUUUUCAUGCAAUGAAUUUAAGUGCCCAUGAAUAUGCAUGCAUUAAAGCAAUAGUUCUAUUUAAAGCCGGUCUUGAUUGUGAAGCAUUACCAAGUAGUCCAAGUAGUAAUGGAUCAUCAUCGCCAAAUAAUAGUGGUUCAUUUGGUAAAUUACGUGAUCCAGCAACAGUGGCAAGAUUACGUGAUAAUUUUCAAUUGGCAUUGGGUCAUCAAUUAAGUACAAUUGCCUAUGGGACAUUAAGAUUUGGUAAAAUUUUAUUAUUAUUGCCAACACUUAAAUGUAUAACACCAGGAACAAUAGAGGAACUAUUUUUUAGACGUACAAUUGGUGUUAUUCCAAUGGAGAGAAUUAUUUGCGACAUGUACAAGUCACCUUAAAUUUUUUUUUUCUCAAUAAUUGUUAAAAAAUUAACUGUUUUUUUUGGCAAUAUUUUCGUUUAACGAUAAACAUAUAUAUAUAUAAAUAGUUUCCCAAUAAUUAUAAAACAUAAAUGUACAUAAAGAAAAUCUGUGAUAUAAACCAUAUCACGAUAAAUUAGAAUAGUAAAACAUUUUUAGAGAAUAUUUUUUUAUAAAUGCAUUAAAAUCCAAAAUUGUGCACCAAGUGUACUAGGAUGCAAUAAAUUAAAAAAAAACAAAAACCACAAAUGUACCUAAAAUACUCGCCCGUGUACUAGCGAUGAUAUUAAACGAGAACUUAAAAAAUGUGACAAAUUAUGUCAACGAUUAAGAACAUUAAAAAUUCUAUUGUUAAACAAAUUUAUUUUGUUUUCGAAUGUCACAAUAUAUAAUAAAAUCCGAAAUACAUGGUACAAGACUGCGUAUUCUAUGAUUGAUAGAAAAAAAAUCAUGUAAAUAAAUAUUCUAUUGUAAAUAUAUAUUUGAGGAAAAGUGUAUAAAAAUGUCACGUGUGUAUAGAAAAUUUAAGAUUUUUUAAAAUUCGUUCGUAUUU